AAGUUUACAACCAUCUUUCUUUCCACACUGAGAAUUCCAUCAUUUCUACUUUUCAAUUUUAAAUCAUCAUCAAUAACAAUAUUAAUAAUCCUUACAACAUUUUCCCUAAAUUAAAUUCUCAUGGCAUCAUCUUGUUUUUCUGUUCCUUGUCCUAAGAACCUCAAUCCCAUCAACACAAACACCUCACAUUUAAAAUCCACUUCGUGUUUGCUUUCUGGGUCUUCUUCUCUUAGAAUUAUUCAGGCAACUAAGAGGAACCAGAAUGGUGUUAUGAAAGUUUCUGCUCAGCUUAAUGAGAUUUUUAAUGGAAAAUCAUCAAAUGCUGCACUAUCAUCAGAGAAGUCUGGUGAAUCAAGCAAAGUAUCUUCUUCUAAGACCACAGUUCCUGAUAUUACAUCCUUAUCAGCAUUUAUGAACCAAGUAGCAGGGCUUGUUAAGCUCGUGGAUUCAAGAGACAUAAUUCAGCUGCAGCUAAAACAAGAUGAUUGUGAGGUCCAUAUAAGAAAAAAGGAAGAUUUGCCCCUGCCUCCUGCACCUCCUAUGAUGAUGAUGCAAUCUUCACAUCCCCAGGCUAUGUUUCAGUCUCAACCACCCCCACCACAGGCUGCUCCUACUUCUUCACCACUGGCUUCUUCUGCAUCAGCACCAGCAUCACCUCCCCUUGCAAAGCCAAAGUUCUCACUUCCGCCUCUGAAAUCCCCCAUGGCUGGAACAUUCUACCGUGCUCCCGCACCAGGAGCUCCGUCAUUUGUCAAGGUUGGAGACAAGGUUCAGAAAGGUCAAGUAGUAUGCAUUAUUGAGGCAAUGAAGUUGAUGAAUGAGAUUGAGGCUGAUCAAUCUGGAACAAUUGUUGAUAUAAUUGCCGAAGAUGGGAAACCAGUUAGCUUGGAUACGCCUCUACUUAUUAUUGAGCCACGAGGAGGAACAUUUUGAAGUUGUGAUAAGUGCAUAGGUAAUAGUCAAGUAGCAAAGUGAAGUUAGAAUUCCCUUCCUUUUUAGCUCUCUAUUUUGGUGGUUUUGCUAGUUGCUGUAUGUCAUUUAUGCAACAAAUUGGUUUUGUUCGGCUUGUCUGGAGUAAUACAUAUAUUAUAUAUAAUAUUAAGAUGCAUUCAAGCAAUUGCAUUGUUUACGCAUGUGUUUAGGGAGUUCUUACUUCUCUGGAAAUGAAAAUUUGUCUUAAUUUGUAAGUUGUA